UCUAUCAAGACUGUAAUAACCUUUAUGGCUGGGCUAUGGCAGAAUGUAUGCCCUAUGGAGGUUUUAAGUGGGUUGAAGCCAAGCUCGAUGGUCUUAACGACUUGGACGACAACUCGCCGAUCGGACGGAUGUAUGAGGUUGAUGUAACGUAUCCAGCAGAACUGCAUGAUCAGCAUAAUGAUCUACCAUUUCUGCCUCAAAACGGAAUACCCGAUGGCUCGAAAGUAAAAAAACUGAUGGCGACCUUCGAGUCAAAAAAAAAUUAUGUCGUACAUUACCGUAAUCUCCAGCAAGCCAUUAAAAACGGGUUGAUAGUUGAAAAAGUGCAUAGGGUCCUACAAUUCAACCAAUCGCCCUGGCUUGCCGAAUUUAUAAAUUUAAACACCGAAAUGAGAAAAAAAGCUUUGAACGAUUUUGAGAAAGACUUCUUCAAGCUUAUGAAUAAUAGUAUUUUUGGUAAGACUAUGGAACAAGUUAGACGAAGGAUACUAAUGGAGCUUGUUUCAAACGAAGAUAGAGUGCAGAAACUUAUCAACUUGACCACAUUUAAAUAUGCGACACCAUACAACGAAAACCUGAGUGCUGUAACAAUGGAGAAAAAAAUUAUAAAAUUCGACAAACCUAUUUAUAUUGGCUUAGCAGUGUUGGAUAUAUCAAAGACAAAAAUGUACGACUAUCACUACAACGUGAUGAAGAGGCAUUAUGGUGAUCAAAUCGAGCUGAUGUACACUGACACCGAUUCACUGGUAUAUUAUAUCCACACUGAUGACUUUUACGAAGAUCUUGCAAGGAACGCCAAUCUACUCAACCGUAUGGAUACUUCUAAUUUACCACGAAACCAUCCGUGUUAUAUUGCUGAGAGGAAAAAGAUCCCGGGUCUAUUUUCAGAUGAGACUGGCGGCCAUAUUAUGACGGAGUUUUGCGCGCUCCGUGCUAAAUCCUACGCUUAUAAAAUCCAAGGAUUGGAUGAUAUGAAUUUUUGUAUUUUCUAG